AUGUCAAGACAAACAGCUCCACAGGAGCUUAUAAAGGCUAUUGAGAACAACCGCCAAUCUACAGUUCAAAAGUAUUUAGAUGACGGGAUUGAUCCAAAUAUUCGCAAUGACAAAGAUCCUUGGAAACAAGGGCGGCAAUUACUGAUAUUCGCCGCUAUUAAUGGGCAUGUAGACCUUAUCAAACUUCUUCUCAGUUAUGGUGCAGAAGUUGACGGGACGGAUUUUCAUGGCCGAACUGCAUUAUCCUGGGCAUCGGAAUAUUGUCAGUACUGGGCAGUGAAGGCACUGGUUGAGCAUGGAGCGGAUGUCAACACUGAAGAUGAAGAGCGGACAACACCUCUGACGUGGCUAAAUGAGGCGGGUGGUGGAGAAAAUAUAAACGAGAUACGCGAGUAUCUUGUACACAAGGGUGCCAAGGCGGAAUUAUACCAUGAAUGA